UGGUAAGUGUAUGUAGAUGGUUGUGUAUGUGAGGCUGUCUGUAUAUAAAAGCUUGCAGUGCACGCUAUAGUAUCAGUAUUAGCAGAAGAAACAUAACAUGAGAACUGAGGUUCUGUGGGGCGUAUUGGCCCUGCUGUGUCAGCAAACACUGGUUAGCGGCCACAUACUGGGGAGGCCCUCAUCUGCUAAUGACCUGGCUCAGCUCAAGUCUUUGCUGGAACGCUUUGAGGAGACAUUGGAUGAAGUGGUCCAGAAAGAAGACUUGGAAGCUUAUUAUGAAGACAUGAACCAAGAUCCCAAAAGCAGCCAGACCAGCCAAGGAUGGGACCAAGAGGGGAACCAAGAACCUCUGAUAUCUGAAAAAGCCCAACCACUAACUGAGGGCAAGACUGUGAAUCAGAGGAGCCGCCUCCAGGACCUGCUGAUGGCCACCAGGAAACGCACCUCUGGCUGUUUUGGAGCCAGGAUGGAUCGAAUAGGAAAUGCCAGUGGCUUGGGAUGCAACAGUGGAAGAGGGGUUCGCUCAGCAUCAAGCCAUCAUCUGCCUCCAUCACACCAGCCUUCCUCUGCACAUGAUAGUCCAGCCUUUUCCUGGGGCGCUUGAUGGAUUCUGCUGUUGGAACUGAAAUUAUAUCCAUAGAGUUUGGACAAAUAUGGUUUUGUAUUAGUUGCAUUUCAACUUUGUGUAUCUAUUUUGCAUGUUUCUGUGUCAGAGAUAACAAACUGGCUGUUUUUCAAGUAUGUAAUUAAUUCUAUAAAGAUCAUUGUAGAUGAGCAACAUAAACACUUUAAUGGAAAAAAGUUAAACAACUGCUGUAACUGCAUGUGGGGGUCUAACAAAAAUAAACAUAUUUUUUUCUUACAUAAA